AGCGUCAAGUCUCAGUCAGCGCGGCCAGGGGACGGCGAGGAGCGAAUCAUCAACAGUAAUCCCCGGGAUAACUGUGGACGAACAUUUUUUUUUUUUUUGUCUUUUUGCCGAAGAAAGAACUAUUCGGAAUUUAUACAAAGAGACACCUCUCCCUUCAAUAUGCAGAGACCAAGCGGUCCAGGGACGGCGUUUUCGAUAGACUCGUUGAUUGGCACUCCACAGCCGCGACCGGGGCACCUGCUCUACACAGGCUACCCAAUGUUUAUGCCAUACCGACCGCUCAUGAUUCCACAAGCUCUGUCUCACUCGCCUUUACCGUCCGGUAUCCCUCCGUUGGCACCCUUGGCAUCGUUCGCUGGUCGAUUAACGAACACAUUUUGCGCAAGUCUGGGACAAGGAAUGCCCUCCAUGGUGGCUCUCACGACAACCUUACCCAGUUUCUCGGACCCCCCAGAUAGUUUCUACCCCUCUCAGGAGAUGCCCGGACCCAGGUUAAGCGCAGACGCGGGGAUUAAUCGCCAGGAGAGCCCGCACGAGGAACUGCACGUGAGGGACAAGGCUACAGAACUCCUUAACUUCUCAGAAACUUUUCAGGCUGUUACAGGUGAAACCAAAUUAUAUAGUUCUGAUGACGAGAAACUCGAUCUGAAGUCAGCAGAGGCCGCAUGCAGUGACAGAGAGGACAGCUCCGCCGACAGUGAAAACGAAAGUUUCUCCGACGGGAACACCUGUGGUUCAUUAUCCCAAAAGGGAAAGCUAAAACCCGGCUCACAAGAGCCAUUACCACCGGGCAGUUCUGCGGGGAAAAGUCGGAGGAGACGGACUGCUUUCACCAGCGAACAGUUACUUGAACUCGAGAAGGAGUUCCAUUGUAAAAAGUACCUCUCGCUCACGGAGCGCUCGCAAAUCGCACACGCACUUAAACUUAGCGAGGUCCAGGUGAAAAUAUGGUUCCAGAAUCGCAGGGCAAAAUGGAAACGGAUCAAAGCGGGAAACGUCAACAAUAGAUCCGGCGAGCCUGUGAGGAAUCCAAAAAUCGUCGUCCCCAUUCCGGUGCAUGUCAACAGGUUCGCUGUUAGGAGUCAACAUCAACAGAUAGAGCAAGGAACAAGGCCCUGAAACUGUGUAAUGGUUUACAGUUCCUUUUGCUCCGCUGAAAUAGCAAAAUGCAUGAAGCACAAAAAGGAAUUAAGUCGAGUAUCUAGGCGGAUAUUAUUUGAUCUUUAUAUCAAUAGAUGUUUUUAUUACAUUAUUUUCCGAGGUUUAAUUUUCCCCAUUCUAAAUGUGCUCCUGUCUUUAAUUUAUUGCUUUGUAUAUUUGUAAAUAGUAAAUGUGUCUAAAUGACACACAUGUGCACUAUUAAUGAGAUUGUAAAAGGACAUUUUAAAAAUAUUUAUCAGUUGCUGUCUAGUUGACUCUCUGCAUGUGCUUAAACCCAUGUGUUAUAUGAUUUUCACUUGUAUGGUUGUAAAAGACAUUUCUGUUGUCCCCCACGUUUUGCAUGUGCUCCCCAAAUCACGCUAGUCUUUAGAGACUGUUCCUCAGCUAUUUGUGAA